AGCCCUUGACUUGCUAUUGACCAAAAAAAGAUUUAAAAACGCAUCUUGCUUGCUUGCUUUUCACUGAAAACACUUGAAAAAAAAAAUUAUCAUCGUCAUCGUCGUGUUCAUGGCUUCACUCUUCUCUUGGAUCACUCUCUUCGUCCUAUUCUGCUCAGUUUCAAGCGAGCUAAUACUGGAAGAGGGGUACACGGUGACCACAGUGAUCGACGGCCACAAGCUUAACAUAAAUCCACACUCAGUCCUUGCGCGUCCUGGUUCCUCUGAUCUGCUACUCCUUGAUUUUUCCAAUAGUCAUCUCUACACUGUAUCAUUUCCCCUGUCCAACGAAAGCGAGGUAAAACGGAUAUCAUCAGAAGAAAAGCUGGGUUAUCGGGAUGGGAAAUUGGGGCUGGCCCGGUUCAAUAAACCGAGAAGCUUCGCAGUAGACGGCAAAGGCAACGUUUAUGUCGCUGAUAGGGGCAACCACGUCAUUAGGAAAAUCUCAACUUCAGGUACUGUGAGUACGAUUGCCGGUGGUUUGUCAAAGGCAAUAGGCAAAAAGGACGGGCCGGCACAAAACGCAACAUUUGCAGACGAUUUUGAGUUAGCUGUAGUUGCUGAGAGAUGCAUUUUACUGGUUGUGGAUCACGGUAGUCAAUCAGUUCGCUUGAUUGAUCUUAAGCCUGAGGAUUGCACCACAACCUCUCCGUCCGCCCAAAUUUUCGGGCUGGGAGCAGUUACAGUCUGGACCCUAGGCCUGGGACUUUCAUGUUUUCUAGGCUUAUUUGUGGGGAUUCUAGUUCGCCCUUAUAUCAUCCCUCAUGGAGACUCCACCCUCAUCAGAUUCAGCAAGAAAGGGAAGCCUUGCCUGAUCAAUUUGGGGAAACAAGUAGCGAUACUCUGCUUUGGCAUCAGAAGCGCAAUUGCUAACUUCAAACUUUAUACACUUCUGCAGAAGCUCUUUUGUUUGUGCCUCUCUCAUCUGUCUCUUAUGUUUAGGUUUAAUGUUGUAGAAUCUCUUACUUCACAAGAGGUUUCUGUUUCUUUGCUUGAUUCUGAGGUCAAAAAGUCGCAGAUUGUUGCUGAUCAUUUGAAAGAUUUGAUCUGUUUUGAUGGAAACCUGGAGUUGCCAAACACAUCUAAUGAAAUUUUCAAGCAAGGAGAUGGGAGUCAAAACGAAAGUAAUGCUUUACCUGAUUGCCAAGGAAGGAUAGACACUUUGAUCCACGCUAAUGUUAUGGGGUUUGCAAAUGUAGCUGAAGAAAAUAUUGCACUAGUCCUGCCAGUUGUGAGCGGUAAAGGUUUAGUUAAGAGAAGAUGAAUGAAGUAGGGAUGUUAAUUAUCUAUAUUAGAUGCUUGCUUGCUUAGGUAUGCUUAGGUAUGUUAAUAACUAAACAUGGUCAUUAUCCUCAAAUGAGAAUCGGUGGUUAUCUUUAAUAUGUAACUAUCUAAACAUGGUCAUAUCUUGAUAUUUUCCUUUAGUGCCAAUAAAGUUAGUACGGUCUGAUGUUGUUAACACAGGAAGUGCUCCUCUUCCUGGGAGUGUUUGCUUCUCUCAUUGUAAAUAAUAUUUGGUACCUAUGCCCCUUAACUUUUUUAUUCUUUUGUUUUUCCUUGUUGAUCACUUGAGUGGAGGGAAAGUCAAAUUCAGUUCUUUGAAUUAGAAGCAAAAUGUUGCCAUUGUUGAUUCAAGUAGACUGGUGUGGAUGUUGACUCUGUUAAUAGGCUAUAGUUGUGUUCAACUCAUAAAUUUGUCUUUUUUUUAUUUUCUUCUUUGAGUUUUGAACAAAAUAUGUGGGAUAAACCUUUGACCUAAAUACUAGCUGAUCCGUAAUUAUUUGGUGCUUUGCUUUUAUUCGCAUGGUGUCCUUAGUAGUUACUGCCAAAAUGCAGGUUCCAUCCC